AGCGGAAAUUAUAAUCAAAGAACUGUUGAUGGUUCUUUGAAUUAAUUUUUUUUUUCAACCGUUGAAUUUCUGUUCAAAUUACUUUCUUUCAGAAAUUAACGGUUUUAGAGAUUUCGUGUUCAUUUUGUCCGAAAGUAAUUUUCAAUCUGUAAUGAUUUUUUUUCUUUGAAUGUUGUAUUUAGGGUGUUUUUUUCUUUGAUUAAAUUCUGUGUUCUUCGUACAAAGUUCUAAUUUUCCAUCUAUAUGGUUAGAAUUUAAGUAAUUAUCAAAAGGAUUCAGUAAAAAAUCAAGCGGAUUUGUGAAAAUGGAAGGUAAAGAGGAGAAUCAUGAUCCCGAUACGGUUUCUUUACCGCCGCCGGCGGUGGUGGUAGGCGGAGUAGAAAUUUUGAGUGGGUCGGCGGUGGCGCCACCUCCACCACCGGCGGAAGGGCUGGUGGGUGCUCUGACGCAUGGCUCAGUGGGUUUCAAGAAAAAAAGGGGAAGGCCAAGGAAGUACGGACCGGACGGGAAACCUACGGUGACUUUAUCUCCGAUGCCAAUUUCGGCAUCGAUUCCCCUCGCCGGAGAUUUUCCCGGCUGGAAGCAGAGUCAGGGGAAGCCUCUAACUUCCAUCAAGAGAAAGCAGAAGUUGGAGUUUUUCACACCAGGUGAACAAGUGGCGCACACAGUUGGCGCCAAUUUUACAGCCCAUGUGAUUAUAGUUAGUUCCGGAGAGGAUGUUAAUAUGAAGAUUAUAUCCUUCGCUCAGCAAGGGGCAAGAGCUAUCUGCAUUCUUGCUGCAAACGGUGCAAUUUCUAAUGUUACACUUGGUCAACCUAAUUCUUCUGGAGGUACUUUAACAUAUGAGGGUCGCUUUGAUAUUCUUUCUUUGUCUGGAGCAUUUACGCCGAAUGAGAAUGGUGGAGCAAAAGGUUGCUCCGGUGGGAUGAGUGUUUCUUUGGCCGGCCCUGAUGGACGUGUUUUGGGUGGAGGACUUGCCGGUAUGCUUGUAGCUGCUGGUCCUGUUCAGGUGAUACUUGGAAGCUUUCUUCCCAGCCACCAACAGGAGCACCAGAAACCACCCAAGAAAUCAAGAUUGGAACCUGUACAAGCCAUCUUGCCGCCGCCUAUCGCCGCCACUUCUGUGUUCAAACAAGCAACCGAGAGAAGGUAUGGUGAUGAACCGAAUAUAAGCUUUACCCUCCCAAACCCCACACAUAUAGCACGGAGUUUAGACCCUGAAAACAACGGAUCUUUGCGUGCAUCUGAACCUAAGGUGCUCAACGCGUCACAGUUCGAGGUUUCUUGCUGAUCAAAUCAGUGGUGUAUUAGCUGACUUAGGAAAUCAUUAGACUUAUUUAUUGUUGUUAGAAGACAUCAAAUCUUUUGGUAUUGUUUUAAAUCUUAACCUUAGGUGUUGAAGAGUUGGCAUAAAUUUAAUGGAAAAUGGAUGUUAAAUUGAGGAUUUGAUUCUUCUUUAAAUGGUUUGUAUGCUAUGGAUCCUGUUUCU